AUGCACGACUGCUGGGCGUACAAUCCGGAUGCGAGACCGACCUUUCGUCAAUUACUUGCAGUUUUUCAACACCUGGCCACAAGUAUAUAUGAAAAUGUAGAACCACCGGAGGUCGGUGCGACCAACAAAAGUCGUGCGGCUAUUAAAAAUGGUCUCGUCCCGUUGGUCCCGCCACCCGUCCGUCAAUCCAGUUCUGAGGGAAACGAUUCAAGACCGACUGGAAACGGAGCCCUCGGCCAACCCAUCAUGGAGUUGACCUCAACGAACGGUAGUUGA